GGCUGGAAUGUGAAAUCAAUGUAGAGUAUAAGGCAGUUGACAAAUCCCAAUAGGGCACAAUAAUCAUCUUCAAUUCAUCCUCCAAAUCCAACUUGUUACAGUGGUGGCGGUGAAUCCUUCAAUCAAUUGAACGAUGGGUGGUCACGGCGGCCUUAACAUCCUCCCUCAGAAGCGAUGGAACGUAUACAAUUUCGACAACCGAGAGAAAGUUCGCCGCGACGAGGAGGAAGCCGCCAAAGAGGAACAGCUUAAGCGCGAGCAGGCGCGAAAACGCGACACCGAGUUCCGUCUCGAGCGCCUCCGCACCGCUAAAGGUUUAGCACCGUCGAUUCCGCCGCCUCCAGAAUCGUCAGAACCCGAGGUGGCUGCGGAUCCGGGUCACAUCAACCUCUUCGAAGGGAUCAAGAUUUUCGACCCGGUGAAGAAAGAGGGUGGUAAAGAGAUAGAGGGGGAGGAUUCAAGGAAGAAGAAGAAGGCGAAGAAAGAGGAGGUUCGUGUUGUGGGUCCUGAGGAUGAGAAGUAUAGGUUGGGUUAUGGGGUUGCUGGGAAGGGGGUUCAGUUGCCGUGGUAUGUUCGGAAGCCAAUUGGUAAUGUUGAUGAUGAUGUUGAUGAUGGUGGAAGUGAUGGGAAGGGUGAGAAGAAGAAGAAGCAGAAGAAGACAUUGGAGGAGUUGAGGGAAGAGAGGGUGAAAAGGGAGAGGCGAGAGAAGGAUAGAGAGAGGGCCUUGAUACUGGAGAAGAGGAAAAGCGAAAGAGAUGUUUACAGAAGUAGUAGGUUCUCCAGAAUCAAUUCACCCAGAAGCUGUUCACAAAAGUUUCUUCCAAAAAUUUAUUUGAAUUUCGAAUAAAUUCUGGAAAGAUUUCUGAACACGUAAUUUAUUCUUGCUGGGGCCUGGUGUUUUUCACGCUAGUUUUGGUGCUGGUAUAUGAGUGUGCCUCGUUGGAUAAUUUGGUUCAAUUGCUGCUACUGGAAGAUCAUGUGUCGUGUGCUGUUAUGGGGAUGCAUUGGUUGGAUUUUUCUUUGUUACUUGAGGGUUGUAUUUAUCUUGCAGCUGUAAAUUAAUUGGGGGAGAUUCAAAGUUUAGGAUCAUACUUUGAAUCUGUUUUGCUGUUUUUUGCUGGUUUUUCUGUUAUUUCUUUUUUCUUCUUCCAUCUUCUCUUUGUAUUGUUAGCACCCCUCGUGUUUAUUCAAUAUAUUCUUGGCUUAUAAAAAAAAUCUUUUUUUUAGAA